UGCUGCAGUGUGGGGCUGUGUUUAGUGACAGCAGCAGCUGCAGUUAAUGGCUGUGUGUCUCUCUCAGCUGUCACCCCAUGUCGGGCGAGUGUUUGUGCGGCCCGGGCUGGUCGGGUUUGUACUGUAACGAGACGUGUGCUCCUGGUUUAUAUGGCGAGGCAUGUCAGCAGAUCUGCCGCUGUCAGAACGGAGCCGACUGCCACAGCGUGAGCGGGGAGUGUGUCUGUGCGCCCGGAUUCAAGGGCUCAGAUUGCUCCGCUCCCUGUCCCUCUGGCAGCUACGGCAUCAACUGCAGCUCAGUGUGCUCCUGUAAGAACGCAGCUGCUUGCUCACCCAUUGACGGAUCCUGCUCCUGUCAAGCAGGGUGGCACGGGGUGGACUGCUCCAUUAACUGCCCCAGCGGCUGGUGGGGUCUGGGCUGUAACCUGACAUGUGUGUGUGGGAACGGAGGCGCCUGCAGCGCUCUGGACGGGAGGUGCUCCUGUACCCCGGGCUGGAGAGGAGACCGCUGCGAUCAACACUGUCAGGAUGGGACGUAUGGACUGGACUGUCGCGAGCGUUGUGACUGCAGUCAUGCAGACGGAUGUCACCCCUCCACUGGACACUGCCGCUGUCUAGCCGGAUGGACAGGCAUUCACUGUGACAGUGUGUGCGCUGAGGGCCGCUGGGGGCCCAACUGCUCUCUGUCCUGUAACUGUAAAAAUGGAGCGUCGUGUUCGCCGGACGAGGGUGAGUGCGAGUGUGCGCCUGGAUUCAGAGGAGCCACCUGCCAGCGCAUCUGUUCUCCGGGUUUCUUUGGCCACCGCUGUAGCCAGGCCUGUCCGCACUGCGUCCACAGCAAUGGCCCCUGUCACCACGUGACUGGCCAGUGUGACUGUCUGGCCGGGUUCAAAGGGGCGCUCUGCAACGAAGUGUGUCCCAGUGGCAGGUUCGGUAAGAACUGCGCGUGGAGCUGCACCUGCACUAAUAACGGCACAUGUAACCCCAUCGACGGCUCGUGUCAGUGUUACCCCGGCUGGAUCGGCAGUGACUGCUCACAGCCGUGUCCCCCGGGUCAGUGGGGUCCCAACUGCAUCCACACCUGUAACUGUCACAACGGGGCAUUCUGCAGCGCGUAUGACGGCGAGUGUAAGUGUACAGCCGGCUGGACGGGGCUAUACUGCACACAGCGCUGUCCGCUGGGCUUCUACGGCAAGGACUGCGCUCAGGCGUGUCAGUGUGAGAACGGCGCAGACUGCAAUCACAUCUCCGGUCAGUGCACCUGCCGCACUGGCUUCAUGGGACGCCACUGUGAACAGAAAUGUCCUGCAGGUACGUACGGAUACGGCUGUCGGCAGGUGUGCGAAUGUCUCAAUAACGCCACCUGUGAUCACAUGACUGGCACCUGCUACUGUAACCCCGGCUGGAAAGGCAUACGCUGUGACCAGGCCGGCGUGAUCAUCGUAGGGAAUCUCAACAGCUUGACGAGCGCCGCUGUGCCUGUGGACUCGUAUCAGAUCAGUGCGAUCGCAGGAAUCAUCGUUCUGGUGCUCCUCGUGCUCAUCCUCCUCCUCCUCUUCAUCAUUUACCGCAAGAAACAGAAAGGCAAAGAAUCCACGUUGCCUGCGGUCACGUACACACCUACCAUGAGGGCCAACACCGAUUACGCCAUCGCAGAGUCGCUCCCGCAGACUGACGUCCUUCCCAACAGUAACUAUUUCUCCAACCCCAGCUACCACACACUGACCCAGUGCAGCAGCCCUCCUGACGCCAACAACCUGCCCUAUGGAGAGCCGAAGAACAACCAGUUGUUUGUGAACCUGAAGAACGCUGAUCCGAGGAAAUGUCUUUCCCUGCUGGAUCACACAGGAACUCUACCGGCCGACUGGAAACAAGGAGGAUCCUUCAAUGAGCUCGGAGCUUAUGGAGUUGACGGGCGUUACAUGGGAAAGUCACUGCGAGAUCUGGUGAAGAGCAUGCCCUAUCACGCCAGCUCCAGCUCUCUAAACAGCUCAGAGAACCCAUACGCCACCAUCAAAGACCCUCCUCUGCUGCUGACCAAGAGCUCGGAGUGCGGCUAUGUGGAGAUGAAGUCUCCCGCUCACAGAGACGCGCCAUACGCUGAGAUACACGCCUCCAGCCCUGCCAACAAAAACGUCUAUGAAGUUGAGCCGACCAUCAGUUCUGUCCACACACUCUCUAACAACAACUGCAACGGGCCAUUUUGUCAAGAUCCAUACGACCUACCAAAGAACAGCCACAUCCCGUGUCAUUACGACCUGCUUCCCACGAGAGACAGCAGCCCCUCGCCCCUCGAGGACACAGACAGCAAAUAAACCCGAGACUUCACUGACGCACCGCAAACCUCUGCACUUCCACAGCACUCUGUUAACACUUCCAUAGCUGUCUGUGUUGACAUUCAUCCUUAUUAAAGUUCUUAAUUACUUCUGGCUUACAGGAUUCAAUAGUUCUUGUCAAGUCUGACCCAGAGUAAUGUGGAGUGUUUUGGUGGAGGUGCAAACAUUCGUAAUCUUCACAAACAAAUCAUUCCAUUAAUUAAGAGCAACAUUGCACACAAAUACAGGACAAUCCUUAAAGGGAUAGUUCACCCAAAAAUUUAAAUUAGCCCAUGAUUCACUCACCCUC